CUACAAUUUGUGGUACCAUUUCCCAUUUCUAACCUCUCUCCAAGAGAGCCAACAAAGGGUGGCAUCGCGAGACUUGGUAUCCCUUGGUGACGGUAUACUGGCUUUCAUGGAUAGAGCAGAGAAACAGAAGACUAAGCUCUUAACUAACCAGCCCUAUGACGAGAGCCUGGAGGUGAACGACUACGAGGAAAUCGCUAGUGUGUACACGCCGACUCCUCGAAGACCAGUCUCAAGGAAAAAGAACAGACCGCUGUAUGAAAUGGCGAACAACAGCAGUGAUGAAUUUGACGAAGAUGUAAAGCCAAAAAAGAAGGAGCAAAGGAACGGCCAGCCUGGCAUGAGUGAGAAUGAGGAAGAAGAGGAGGAGGAAGAUGAUGAUUCGGAUGAGACGGAGUCUGAUGAAGAGGAGGGUGAGCCGGGAUCCGCCCCGGAAGGACAGCCAGGGCCAGAGAUGGUUAAGUAUCUCGAUAGGGAGAAGACAACAGAAGAUGAUCCGAGCUAUACAUGCAGGGCAUAUGACCCGGCAGACUACGACCACCUUCCUGUCACUGCAGAGAUCAAAGAGCUGUUUCAGUACAUUACCCGGUAUACUCCUCAGACCAUUGAACUAGACCACAAGCUUAAACCCUUUAUACCCGACUUCAUCCCAGCAGUGGGAGACAUCGAUGCCUUCCUUAAAGUCCCACGUCCUGAUGGCAAAGCAGACAACCUGGGGCUAUUGGUCCUGGAUGAGCCCUGCACCAAGCAGUCAGACCCCACUGUUCUGUCACUGUGGCUCUCUGAGAACAGUAAGCAGCACAACAUUGCUGAGGUGAAAGUGAAAAGUGUGGAGAACCCGGAGAAGAACCCCAAAGCCAUUGAGAAUUGGAUCGAGAGCAUCAGUGAGCUCCAUCGCUCCAAACCCCCAGCCACCGUCCACUACACCAGGUCCAUGCCAGACAUUGAUACUCUAAUGCAGGAGUGGCCACCUGAAUUUGAAGAGCUGCUGGGAAAGGUUAGUCUACCAACGGCCGAUAUCAAUUGUGAUCUGACCGAGUACAUUGAGGUCAUAUGUGGCAUCCUCGACAUCCCCAUCUACAAGAGCCGGAUUCACUCACUCCAUGUGCUGUUCACUCUUUACUCUGAGUUCAAAAACUCACAGCAUUUCAAAGCCUUAGCGGAGGGUCAGAAGUCAGACACUCCGUCUGCUCCUCGCUCCACCACUGGAGAGCCAGAGACACUGGCCUUCGACUGAGGACAGACAACUGACUCCUGUUGAGUCAAGGACAUGUUGCCUUCAUUGUCCACCAUCUGUGAUUACUGUACUUUGUGGAAAGGAGGACAGAAGGAUACAUAGAUGUAUAUAAAUGUUUGUAAAUAUUUAUACACUUAACUUUAUACAAAGUGCUUUUCUAGGAUAGACUUACUGUUAUGUGGAAGAAAUUGCAUUGUUUUAUAUUUCAAGUAGUCUUUGGUGUGUUAAGUUUCAUUAAGUACUUCCUAUUAUUAAAUUAAUUCAUAUGUUUA